UUCCGACCAGAGAUGGGACGAAGGCGGAGGCUUGUGACAUGCCAGGUGAUCGGGGCGCGUGUCAUUGGUAAGGUAUAAGUAUUGUCAAGAAAGUAUGGAAGAUAUUUCAAUGGCAGAGAUUAGAGCUUUGGGUUACACUGAUCAAUAGCCGGUAGUGUCUUUUCAUUUGGGCACACCUGGACAGAACAGCCAAAUUUUAUCACGUGCGACUGGCGUCUAUUUCACACAGCCCUUCAACCUCCUGCCUGCGCACUGUCCACCCCCUCCCACGUCCGACCGCCGACCUCCGUCCCGCCAUGCCGACUGUCUUUUUUUUGUGGAGCCAACUCCAGGAAAAGGCGGGCAGAAAAAAGUUUCGACGGGGUGCAGCAGGAAAGUAGCUGUCCGCUGCCGCGAUAAAAAUUUCCACCCGGGAAGGCCAAGCAAACCACGGAAUCAGUCCAGACCAAUUGCAAACACUGGAUUCAGAAAGGGCCGUGACUUCCUCUUUUCCUUCUUGCUUUCAAUCACACCUCCUAUCAGCCAACGGCCGUCCAAGUAGGACGCGCCUUCCGACCUCGCACAAUGUCCACCAAGAGGAAAACGCCGACCAAGCUGGCGGCGCCGGCGAUCAAGCAGGGCGCGAAGCCGGCGCUCAAGUCAAGACUGGACCAGUCCAGGACUCUGGUAUCAGCCGGCAAGUCGGUCUCGGACCGAGGCAUUCCUGCGCAUGAAAUAGUGGAAAUACCCAGCGAUUCGAGCAGCGACGACGAUGCCUCAGACGACGAUGGCGAGGAGAAUAAAGCAACGGCAAACCCCAAGACAGCAGCGCCAGCAUCACAAACCCUAGAGACCACCACCGGGAGGCCGCCGAAAUCGAGCGCAAAAUCCAAGCUGCCCAAUGGAGACGCCGCCGCCGAUGCGAAGCGCUCCACCGCGGACGACCCUUCGGCCUCAGACUCGGAGCCCCAGUCCCCGACCUUUGGCGAGCUCGCCCGCAGCCGGAUAGUCGACGUGCAGGCCCAGCUGAACCAGCAGCAGCAGCAGGCGCAGACACCGGGGUCCUCGGUCGCCCUCGCCGCGCCCCAGGCGCUCGCGCCGCCGUCGCUGCAGUCUCUCGGCACGGUGCUGACGCAGGCGCUCCGGUCCGACGACACGGAGCUCCUCGAGUCGUGCCUGCAGACCACGGACCUGAACGUGGUGCGCGCCACGGUCCAGCGCCUCGACAGCUCGCUCGCCGAGGCGCUGCUCACGCGCCUCGCGUCGAGGCUGCACCGGCGCCCCGGCCGCGCCUCGACCCUGCUCGGCUGGAUCCAGUGGACCCUCAUCGCGCACGGCGGCGCCCUGGCCGCCCAGCCCGACCUGCAGCGCAAGCUCGGCGAGCUCAACCGCGUGCUCGAGGAGCGCGCCAGGGGGCUCAACAGCCUGCUCGUCCUCAAGGGCAAGCUGGACAUGCUGGAGGCGCAGAUGCAGCUGCGCCGGAGCGCCGGUGCCGGCCGACAUGGUGCCGGCGCACCCAACGGCGCCGCCGGGUAUCUUGGUUUCGGCGACGAGGACGAGGCCGACGCUGAGGACGAUAGGAACGUGGUCUACGUGGAGGGGCAGGAGGACGCGACUAAGGGCGGCGUCGAGGGCUUCGGUGCCGACGACCAGUUCGACAUCUCUGCCAUCAACGGGGUUGACUCGGAUUCGGACGACGACGAGGACGACGAAGACGACGCGGACGACUACCAGCGGGGAGAUGCCGUCGAGGAGUCGCUGGACGAUGAUGAGGUGGACUUUGACGACGUGGACGAAUCGGGCGAUGACGAGAGCGAGGUCGAGGCCGCACCGCCAGCCAAGGUGCAGAAGACAUCAGACAAACUUCCAAAAAGGCGAUAGACGAAGAGUGUAGCACUAGACGCGCAUGAAUAGAAGCCUCGGCUUCGUGUUGUAUUUUGAAGCAUCGUGUUGUUGAUGCUUGUUAUGCCGACAUGUCACUGGCCAUGUUAUGGGCAGCAGACGCAAGCUAGGUGCUGACUUGUAAAUAGGGUUCGAAGACUUUAGCAGACGAACAUGUCGGGGCUUGAUAGAAGCAGUGUAAAGCGGGAAAUUCUACUUCAUCAGCUGCAUCUCAUUUUUAGGUUUCCCGUCUGCUCACCGGGUCUGCCCUUUGGUCACACUAUCCAGCUCCCAUCUAAUGUCGCCUGGAUGCAACCGGCAGCCA